AUGUUCCGCAAGAUAGUGAUUGACGAGGCUUUGAUCUCAGCUUUUGUGGAGAGGUGGCAACCAGACACGAACACCUUCCACUUGCCUUUUGGAAAGAUGACGAUCCUCCUCCACGAUGUUCAGUACUUACUGCAGAUUCCUGUUGAGGGACGACUGAUGAGUAGGACUUCUGCGCAGCUUGACCAUCCGGAGGUGGGUUUGUGUGCGCUUCUUGGGAUGAACUCGGAACAGUUGAGUGGUCGUUCGGAGGCCCCUGGAUUUGGUAAUAGGGGUAAGUGGUACAAGAAGGGUGGUUUUCUUGCGGAGAUGGCGUCCAGAUACUUGCAGGUGAACUGGACACAUGUGACAGAGAUGCAGUCGUACUUGUUGUUGAUGUUGGGGUCCACUUUAUUUGUGGACAAGAGUAGAGACAGGGUUCGGCUGGUGGUGAACCUAUUUUUGGACGAGUUGGAGGAGAUAGAUCAGUACAGUUGGGCGUCAGGUAUACUUGUUUGGUUGUACAGAUGCCUUGGUCAGGCGUCUCGUGUUGGUGCCAGGGGGUGGCUGGUUGUCUCACACUUCUGCAGUGUUGGAUCUACGAGUACUUUCCGGGUUUCAGGCCAUCUCACUUUGAGCCAACUGUCGUUGGACCUGAUGAGGCUUGGGCUUCACGAUGGAUUGGGCAGCCGGCACCUGGUUCUGUGGCUGAUCCCAGUGUGA